AUGUUAGGUCAGAAAACGACUUCAAAGAAAGAGUUUUCCAGACUCAACCUCUCAUUUUGCGGUCUCUGCUCCACACUGGGCACAGUUUUCACCCCGCUCGCCGUCUCCAUCAGCUUCUACCUCGUCGUCCUGUGCCGGGUGCUUCAGGGCCUCGGCAUCACCAUUCUUCUGACCAUCCUCGGCGUCAUUCCGACUUCCUGGUCCCCAAAAUCCGAGUACAGUACCUAUUUGGCCAUUUUAUCGUGCGCCUGGCAGGUGCGGAAUUUUCAGAAAAUAAUACAAGGGCCAAAAAAAUCCCCCAAAAAUCCGAAUAUACUUUCAGUUCAGCAACAUUGUCUUCAUGCCAGUUUCCGGAAUUCUCUGCGAUUCCUCGUUCGGCUGGCGCUCGAUUUAUUACGUUUUUGGCGUUGUCACCGGCAUUUUCUUCCUCAUCUUCUACUUUUUCUACACCGAUCUUCCGCGCAUACACAAGUAAGUGCGAUGGAGCGCGUUUGCAUUUUAGUUUUUCGAAAAUGUAGAAAAACCUGGGGCUUUUUCGGCCAAAAUUUAAUGUUUGCCAUUCAGAAACGUGUCGGAAAAGGAGCUGGGCAAGAUCCAGCACGAAAAACCGGAGAACACGUGUCGCGAGGCGGUUCCGUACCGCAAGAUCUGUGCGGACCGUUGCGUCGUGGCGGCGUGGGUCAGUUUUCUGGGCGGCAACCUCGGAUUCAUCACACUCCUACUCUACGGACCCACUUAUCUGCGGGAGGUGCUUCAGUUCGACGUUCGAUCCACCGGAUACAUCAACGCUCUGCCGUAUCUGCUCUGUGCCGUCUACAAGUUCGCCGCCGGCAAAAUAUCCGACCGCGUCACUUUUGCCACGCAUAAGGUACGCCUUUUGUGGAUUUGUUGGGUGGUACACGUUGGAAAUUAUGCAUUUGAACAUUGAUUUAUCACCUUGAGAAAAUCUUCCCAGAAAAUUGAUUAAAGGACCGCGUUUGCUUGACCAUAAUUUAAAGGCGCACAACGUUUUUUGCUCGAAAACUAGAAGGUCCCGCGAGAAACGAUCAACUGGAAAAGUGUUCAGAAUUAAGUUUUCUACCUCCUCGACCUAAAAAUUGUGUUGAAAACCCGAAUUUCCAGGCGAUUUACACAUUCUGGCUGUUCUCCUCGAUCAUCGGUCUCUCGAUCGGCUACAUCGUGAUGGCGUGGACCUCCGAUCGGAUGAUCGCGUUCGGCGCGUUCUCAUUUGCCAUCGUCACCUCCGGCCUCAUCAUAAUGGCGACUGUGAAGUGUCUGACGAUGCGAUGCCAACAACAUUGCCACUUUGCCGUCAGCGCCAUCUCGUUCCUCUCGUAUUGUGUGCAAUUUGUGAGCCCGCUGGGUGUUGGUCUCUUGGCUCCCGAUAACACUCAAGAACAGGUAACUUUUUUUUCGUUUUUUCUGCUAAAAACUAUAAAGAAAGUAUUGUAGUCUAAGCAGCCCUAAAUUCACGAGAACUGCGUCCAGAAAGUGUAUUUUGUAGUCUAAGCAGCCCUUAAUUCACGAGAGCAGCGCCCAGAGAGUGUAGUUUGUAGUCUAAGCAGCCCUUAAUUCACGAGAACAGCGCCCGGAAAGUGUAGUUUGCACUAUAAGCAGCCCUAAAUUCACGAGAGCAGCGCCCAGAAAGUGUAGUUUGUAGUCUAAGCAGCCCUUAAUUCACGAGAACAGCGCCCGGAAAGUGUAGUUUGCAGUAUAAGCAGCCCUAAAUUCACGAGAACAGCGCCCGGAAAGUGUAGUUUGCAGUAUAAGCAGCCCUAAAUUCACGAGAGCAGCGCCCAGAAAGUGUAGUUUGCAGUCUAAGCAGCCCUUAAUUCACGAGAACAGCGCCCGGAAAGUGUAGUUUGCAGUAUAAGCAGCCCUAAAUUCACGAGAGCAGCGCCCAGAAAGUGUAGUUUGUAGUCUAAGCAGCCCUAAAUUCACAAGAGCAAAAACAAAAAACUCUAAUGUUUCUACGUUUUCUCAACUUUUCAGUGGUCCCGCCUGUUUAUCAUCAUCGUCGUCGUGAUGCUCGUCACAAAUGCACCAUUUCCGUGGCUGGCGACUCAAGACGCGGCGGAAUACACGAAAAGAAAAGAUUCCAGAGCGUUUUCAGCGGAAAAGUGCUGA